AUGGCAACCUUGACAGAGCUGCAAGACCGCUGGAAGUACCUGUUUCAGGAAUAUCUCCCCUGCCUGGCCAAGGCAAAGGAUCCGGUGCAGCCUCACUGGCCCGUCCAUCUGGACCAUUGCUUCGGACGUAUUGUGCUUGACAAUGCUGUCGGGAUCGACAAGCCGUGGACUGAGGUCCUCAAGUCGCCUGCAAUCAGAAACAUGAAUCAAUCGCAAUUGCAGAAGGUCAUAUCUCUCGCGGAGGCGAUCUGUUCCGGGGAAGCGAAUCUGGUCAAACUGGAUGAGAAUAGUCUACAACUUCGUGGCAAGAAAGGCAAGAAGCGAAAGGCCGAUGAGUCGGUCGCACCGAAGGUCGAGGGGAAGAAGAAGAAGACGACGAAAUUGCAGAAGUCUGUUCAGACCGUGUCGGCUUACUUCCUACCAUCAACAAAGCCACUUUCCAAAGGCGUCAAGCAGGAGCACGAGAAGACGGCCACUGAGACUAUCGAUGCUGCAGCUGACAACACUGGUGAAGCUUUCGACAUGGAAGCUCAGCUGAAAAGAAUAGACAAUUCCGACAUUACAGCAUUUCGCAAACGGACGCUGUCUUUGCUUUGCAAGAUCCCGCGAGGACGAUACAGCACAUACGGCGCCAUGUCUGACUGGAUCAGCGCGAACUCCCACAAGACAUGUGCUCGUGCCGUCGGCAAUGCAAUGCGAAACAAUCCAUUUGCUCCUGAAGUGCCGUGCCACAGGAUCCUCGCGGGGGACGGCACUUUGGGCGGCUUCAAGGGCUCAUGGGGCGAGGAAGGCAAGUACGCCAAGCAUAAGCAUGAGUUGUUGCAUGCUGAAGGCGUACGAUUCGAUUCCAAGGGCAAGGUCAAAGGUCCACCUUUCCGAGACUUCAAGUGA